AUGCCGCCAUCCCAGUCCACCCCUCUCCUCCGCCAACCCUCCUACACCGCCUCCAGCCCCGCCCCUCUCCCCUGGCCACUCCUCCUCCCCAUCCUCCUGCUGCGUAUGGCCGACGCCGCCACCUACAUGCUCAUCUUCCCCUUCAUCACAUCCUACAUCACCUCCCUCCACCCGCCCCCAACGCUCAUCGGCUUCUACACCGGGCUAGCCGAGGGGUGUUUGAUGGCCGUGGAAGCUGUUUGUGCGGUGGGGUGGGGGUGGGCGGGGGAUAGGUGGGGGAGGAAGAAGUGUUUGGUUUGGGGGGUGGCGGUGGCGGGGACGUUUGGGGCUGUGGCGGGGUUUGGGAAGAGUGUGGGGUGGGUCAUAUUCUGGCGGGCUAUGUAUGGCUUUACCCCUACCGGCGUCCUCACCAAGACCGUUGUAGUUGAAAUCGCGCACCCGACGAACCGUGCUCGCAUCUUUUCCAUCUACUCGCCCGCCUUUUCUGUUGGGAUCAUCAUUGGAAGUCUCCUCGGUGGGGAGCUUGCGGGGCCUGCAAGGAGGGUGGGACAGGAUUGGGCGUGGUUGCAAGUGUAUCCUGAUGCGCUUGCCGGAGAUCGUGAAUGGGGUUUUGUGAGUGCGAAGUUUGGAGAGAGAAGAAGGCUGAUUGGAGAUAGGACGAUGGUGGUCUGUGUUGUGGCGUGGUCCAUGCUGGAAGAAGUGAGUUUUCGUGCAGCCGGUGUGAUCGAGCACUCACGCAAAUGUCAGACCAAAAAAGACCAUGGCAAAGAUGACGAGGAUGAGACGCCAGUCAACAAGUACAAAGCCAUCUGGCGGGUCCCGCACUUUGUGCACGCUGUGACCAUUUUCUGCUGCAACAAGUCAACUCACAAUCUCGCAGGAACAUUCGCAUUCGAAGGUCUCUUCACAAUCUACACCUACACCCCCAUCCCCCUCGGCGGCCUCGGCCUCCCCAUCCGCACAAUCGGCCUCAUAUCCUCCCUCUCCUCCCUCCUCUACAUCCUCGUCUCGCCCGUACUCUCUCCCUGGCUCGAAGCGCGAUACGGCCUCAAAAAGAGCAUGCUCCUCACCACCGGUACCAUGCCCCUUGAAGCGCUGAUCGUCCCCGUCGCGCAGUAUGCCGCGACCCUCUGCCUCCCAGGCAGAGGCAGAGGAGGCGGCUGGGGAAGAGCGCCGACAUGGGUGAUGCUCGUGAUCCAGGUGGGGAUGAAAAACUUUCACUGUAUGGCGUGGCCGCAGAACGAUCAUUUGAUUUACUCGGUGCUGGAUGGGUAUCCCAGGCUGGUGGGGAGUGCUAGUGCGGUGGUGCUGAUUGCUGGGUCGAGGUCGCAGGCUUCUGCCUCUCGGUGCAUAUGCCAAUAA